AUGAGCUCGCAGUCGGUAGAACUGUGCCUUGUCUGUCAAGAUGUGUCUACCGGAUACCACUAUGGUGUACCCAGUUGCAACGGAUGCAAGACAUUCUUUCGACGAACUAUUGUAAAAAAGCAGACUUUUGUGUGUCAACAUGACGGCAAAUGCCCAGUUGAUAAAAGUAUCAGAUGCUCUUGCAGAUCUUGCCGAUUUAAAAAAUGUCUGGAGGUUGGUAUGGAUCGUUUUGCCAUUCAGCAAAGCCGUGACCCAAUUGGUUAUACGAAACGAACUCGACGGUACUCGGUACUAAAAGCGGUUCAUACCCCUGAAGGCGAUCAGUCCUCACCUCAAAGUGACAUCAAAGAUGUAAGAGCUCAGACUUCAGAGUAUGAUUCUCAGGAUGAAUUCCUUGACGCGUUAACUGAUGUUGAAGAAAAAUGUAAGAAGCUUCGUAACGCAGAAAUUCAGAUAAAUUGUGGAAAGGGGCUUCUUGAAAAUCAGAAGAAUUCGCUAGUGCUUCGACCUGCACAACUGAUCGAUUAUCAGAGUUGGCAUGAAAAUGACUGGAUUUUAAUGACCGAGUGGGCCAAAUCUAUCCCUGCCUAUCAGAGUUUGCCCAUCAGUGACAAAUUAGCUUUACUACGGCACUCAGCACUCACUUUUCCACAUCUUUCUCAGUGCUUUUACUCAGAGGACCAUGGACCGGAUACUCUAGUUUUUCCAAGUGGAGCUUACAUGGACAGAACCUCUGAACCCGGAAGAAGUCUAGGUUUUGGGAGAAGAAAGCACCAAAUGCUUGACCAGUUACUGAUUCCAAUGCGCAAAAUGAAAGUUGAUCUUUGUGAAUUCGCUGCUUUCAAAGCAAUCUUCUUUUUAAAUCCAGGUCAGUUCAAAAUUUCAUCGACUGAGGCUUUCUUACUACUAUUUUUAGAUGCCGAAGACAUUAGUGAAACAUCGAAGAAACUUAUAUCAGAAGGACGUUCGCUAGUUACAAGCGCUUUGUACAAGUAUAUAAUUAAGAAGACCGGCUUUGAGGAUUCAGGCGAUAGAUUCCGGAAAUUGUUGUUGCUGGGGACGGUUUUGGCAACAAUGGCAGUGGAACUUAAGGAGGCUGUUGUAGCUGCAAAUUUCUUUAACCAGUUGGAGUUCUCGUCUUUUGCUAAGCAAUUACUGUUUGGACUGAAAUCUGAGGUUUAA